AUGGCUUUGACUACAGCAAGUCUCCUCGCUUUGGGCGUCAUCUCAAGGUACCUUGAUCUUGUCCUCCCUGUCAGAAAGUUGCUAACACUUGAANNUAGCUCUUCAGGCCACAUUAUUCCGGUCCCGAACCCUCAAACAUGCGGUAAUGUUCAGAAUGGCUACCAAUGCCAACCUCAGAUCAGCCACUACUGGGGUCAAUACUCUCCAUACUUCUCCGUCCCAUCAGAGAUUCCUGCAAACGUCCCUCUCACAUGCUCGGUCACAUUCGCACAAAUUCUGUCGAGACACGGAGCUAGAGAUCCCACGGCUUCCAAGACUGCAAAGUAUAACGCAACCAUCACUAAGAUCAAGAAGAAUGUGGCCAACUUCACUGGCAAAUAUGCUUUCCUCGAUGACUACGAAUACACUCUCGGCGCAGACCAAUUGACAGAUUUUGGAAGGCAACAAAUGGAAAACUCUGGCGUAAAGUACUACCAGCGUUACGCGGACCUUGCUCGCAAGGAAGUUCCNUUUGUUCGCUCGUCUGGUGAGGCUCGUGUUGUAGAGUCUGCACAAAAGUGGGUGGAUGGAUUCACUCAGACCAAAACUGCAGACUGGUGGGCCAACAAACAGUACCCCUCUGUCGAUGUGGUCAUUAGUGAGGCUGCUGGCAGCAACAACACAUUGAACCAUGAUCUAUGCACCAGCUUUGAAGAUGGGCCUGACUCGAAUAUCGCUGAUGCCGCUCAAAAGACUUGGACAAACGUCUUUGUUCCCGCCAUCCAGAAGAGGAUCAACGCCGAUCUUGCUGGAGCAAAUCUUACGUCAACAGAAAUCAUCUACCUGAUGGAUUUGUGUCCUUUCAACACUGUUGCUUCGGCCACGGGUGCAAUCUCGCCCUUCUGCUCACUGUUCACAGAGACGGAGUGGCAAGAUUAUGGAUACUACGAAUCCCUGAACAAAUUCUACGGUUACGGAGCUGGAAACCCUCUCGGACCCACUCAAGGUGUUGGCUUCACGAACGAGCUCAUUGCCCGUCUCACAAAGAAGCCAGUCGUGGACAGUACGUCGACCAACCGUACUCUGGAUAGCAAUGCCACGACUUUCCCCCUCGACCGUGCGUUGUACGCAGACUUUAGUCACGACAACGACAUGACUGCCAUAUUCUUUGCGAUAGGUCUCUACAACAGCACUUCUGCCCUCUCUAACACGACACUCGAGACAGCACAGCAGACCAAUGGAUACUCAGCAGCGUACACUGUUCCAUUCGCUGCCAGAGCUUACAUUGAGAAGCUGCAAUGUCUUGGACACAGAGAGGAGUUGGUCAGAGUGAUUGUCAACGACCGCGUCAUUCCUCUGCGUACAUGUGGUGCCGAUCUUUUGGGAAGAUGCACACUUGGUGAUUUUGUUGAUAGCUUGUCUUUCGCACGCAGUGGCGGUGGUUGGGCGACAUGUUCUGCUUAG